AUACCGCCUAACCUUUAAGCGAGAAAAAGAGCGUGAUGAGGAUGAGGCGCGAAUAACUUCGUCCGAGAUGCUCGAGCGGCAGUCAUGCUCGUCGAUUAAAAGCGAAUGCACCAGGUCAACUGUUAUCGAAGAUCGACCCCUUUGCCGUCGCGUUCCGCGUAGCAGUCCGUGCCGCUCGGCCCAAGAUCAAGUAGUGCUCGGCCAAAGUCAACGAAAUUGUAGCAUCCACAAAAAUGUUGUCUGCCCGAAAUCGCUCUCGCCUCUAUCAAACAGUGCUCGAACGCGAGAGAUUAACAAAAUUGUAGCAUUCACAAAAUGUCGUUCGCUUAAAAUCAUUCCCGUCUGUGAAAUAAAUACUGUGACAGUUGAAUUGUUGCGGUUUUGUGAAUGAACGAUACGUUUAAUGAGCCGGCGUCGAGUACGAGUACCGUUUAAAUCUAAUGACAGCAUUAUUUCCGUUUUACGAAUGAACGAUACAUUCAGUGAGCCAACGUCGAGGGGGAUUCUGUUCAUCAAUUCUUCGCUGAGAGCGAGUUAUGACUGCGCGCGAGUGAUAUAACUUGAGGUUCUUAACCCUCAGCGGUACAGUCGUCGCAUGGGGUCUUUAAGAGAAUAUUAUAUUCAAAACAAUCUUUUCUUAUAUUUUACAUGAACCCAAAAACCUAAUUAAACAAAGAAAAUAUUUAAGUUCUCAACAUAAAAGAUAUAAAAUAAUUUUUAUAUCGGGGUCUCUCAAGAUCCCAUGCAUCGACUCGUGUUCGAAAAGUAGCGCGACGACUGUAGGAUUAAACGACAAGGUGAAAUCUUGGAACAUGAAUAGCAAGGUGGGGUCAUAUAUGACCCCAAAUUUUUUUCUUUUUCUUCUUUCUUAUUAAAAUUUAUAUUAGCAUAAAUAAAAAGUGGUUUAUUUACACGAACAUUUUUUUUGUAUGAACAUAUUUUUCAGUGCAGUAUUGAAUUUUGUGCACAAAUGUAUCACAAAGUUCCAGUGAAUUGCGUUGAAAAACGUAUCAAAUGGGGUUGUCGCUAACCCCACCUUGUCGUUUAAAGGUUAAAGGGCUGGAAACCAACAUGACGCAGUUUUCAUAUUUUGUACUGUUUUUCUAUUGGAUUGUCUAGAAUUGCAAGUGUUUAUACAGAAUGAAAGUAUCAAUAUAUGACGGAGUGGCUCAUGUUAUGUCAAAAACAAAAAAAAUUUGUAAAGGAAAAAUUGGAAGAAGUUUUUUUCAAUUUUUUAUGUAAUAUAUGGCAUGCUCCGACACGCGUUGACAUUUGUACUUUCACUCUGUACAAGGAUUUGCACACAAGCAAAUGAAAAAACAAUGCAAAGUUACAUGCAUGUCGAUAUCCAGCAUUCUCUUAACCUAUAUCUUUAUGUUUAAGUUCACUCUAAUCCAACAACGAAGCAAAUUACUUCGUUUUUUAAUUUAGUUAACCGUGCGGUCUCAACUUAUGUUAAUUAAGAAUUUUAAUUUGGAUAAUAGAUUAAACACACAGUCGUCGCGACCCUCCAGUCGCGUAAUUCGACCCGAGACAGAACUCGGUCAAGUUUAUUAUUAUAAACAAUCGUCACACAGUGGCCGGUGGCAGAAAAAGCGCACGUGAGUAUAAUACGUGUUGCGCGGGCUAAAUGGGAAUAUCGAGGACGAAAUUAUAUUCGGUGAGAACAAUGAAAAUUCGAUGAGUUCAAACGUCAUAACAUAACCGAAAGACGGGAAUAGAAAUAGCACCACUCGGGUUGCGCGCGAUCGCGGGCGCAACAGUCGACGUUCGUUAAUAAUCGAAGUAGGACGCGAUGUAGGUUACGUGUAAAACGUCUGUGACGGCAAUAAAUAAAUCAAUAAGUGAUGGAUUAAUUAAAGCAAUUAUUAAAAAUUAAAAUAAAAAAGUGAGUACAGUAAUGUGUAACAGUGAUGUGAACGUUUAUUGGUAAAAUAACGAUUGCCCGCGGGAUAAAGGACUAAAGGGUUCCACGUAAAUAAAUGUACAGAGAUAAUCAUUUAACUCUAAAUAUUUAAAAAAUUACUCUAAAAAAACUCUAAACUCUUUCCAGCGCAUCUUUUUUGCCUAUAAUUCUCGGAAAAAUGAUCGAAACUUAAUGUUUUUUUUUUAAACCAAAUAAAAGAUCGUCAUGGAAUAUGAUUCUAUUCAUAUUUUUUGCGAUUUAAUAGAGUUAAGAAAAGUUAAGAGAAAACAAGAUGUUUUCAAGAACGUUCUCUAGACUUAAAAAAAGACAGUGAAAUAAUUCAAGGACACUUAAAGUUAUCUCAGCGUGUGACGUUUCUGGUGACGGCAUCAUGGAGGUUGAGGUUAUACCGUUCGUCGACAAUAAUAGGAGCCGAAAGGACACCACACCACCGCUGCUACCACCGCGAGGUAGCAGGGUGCAAAUUAUUCAGAGGAAACGAACGUCGCUGUUCAUCAUCAUGAGCUUCAUAUACGCGAAGCUGCUCGUGGUCGUAUGCAUCGCCUACGUGAUAAGCGAAGUGGUGACGCACAAAUUGCCGCUCUACUACUACGAGGGAUUCUUUACAUACCUGUACGGCAUGAGUAUUUUGUUCCUGUUGUACGUUUUCUGCUUCCUUCUGCAAGAAAGCGCCUGCUGCGCCAGAGGCAGCGACACGCCGCCACCGCCACCGAGGCCGCCAAAAGCCGGCUGGGUGCCUAAAGAACCGAAGGAUAAGCUGAAGAAGAAAGAAAAGAAGGAAAAGGAACAAAAGGCGCCAAAGAAUAAGAAGGAAAGCCAGGAUGCAGCCGAUGUCGAGGCCGGCGUGGCCACGCGGGCCCUGCGGAAGCGAAAAACUUCGCAGAAUGAUCAUAGUCACGGAAGCUUCUUCCUCAGAAUCGGCGCGAUAGCCUUCGGACUGGGCACGAUGGUGUACAAUGGCUUGGAAUUCGGCGCGUUCUUCGAGGUGCCACCCACGUCACCCUGCUAUCAGAUACUGCAGGGCGUCAACCCGGUGCUGCAAAUGAUCUUCACCUUUAUGCAGAUGUACUUUAUCUUCAUGAAUUCUCGGUUGAACAUACAUCGCUUCAAAGUCAUCGCCCGCUUCGGUCUGAUGCACGUGGUCGCGACUAAUCUCUGCGUAUGGAUACGCACUCUGGUUCUGGAGAGUCUCAAGGAGAUUACUCAGUAUCAUAAGAAACUGGGUCAGGUUCAGGCGGGGAUUCUCGAGAGCAUUAAGCAACACUCGAUGCGCAACGCCGGGGCGAUAUUGGGUACUGAGCCGCGCGAUAUGGCGCAAUUACGAGAGGCGCCUCUCACCGCCGCCUCGAGAUCGACGACUAUCGGGCCGAUCACCACCAGCACAACCGUGGCUGCUGCUCUGGGUCGCGUGAUGAGAACAACAACGAGAUCAAUCGCCGACGUAGUCACCAUGCCGACCUCCACGUCCACGACCACUUGGACGAGCCUGUCGACGACGCCGUCGACCACCACCUUCGCGCUACCCAACCUGACGACCAGCACGGCAACGACCCUGUCCACUCUCUUGACCACGUUUACGCCGACUACCACCACUACCAGCACAACCACCGAAAGGACAACCACUAUUCCGACUACAACGAGUACAACCACCACCACCACUGCUAUGCCGUCUACCAGCACUUUCUCCUCACUCAUUAUGGAGUUAAUGAAUGCGCCGCAAGCCGACGCAGAUAAUCAAGUUCCGCAGAUCUUCGAUGUGAGCAACCUGACGAAUAGCAGCGAGUUCUGGAGCCCGAAUUUGGGUAUCUACGCGGAAGCCUUGACGGAGGACGGCACAGUGUCGAACUCUUGCGGACGCGUCAACAUCAUGGGCACCAUCGUCCAGGAUGCUGCACCGUAUCUGUUCCCGUUCAUAAUCGAGUACAGUCUGAUCGGAGCUGCGGUGAUCUAUGUCAUGUGGAAACACAUUGGCCGGCAUCCGCGUUGGCCUCAUCAGGCCGAGGCGGACCUCGAACGUCGUCUCGAAGCUAUGCUGUCUCGAAGAGCCGUCGCUCUCGCCCAUGCAGGUCACGCUAGAGUCGACUGUGUGGGGGCGAGCAAGGGUCUCUUCUUCGGUCUGCUGCUGCUGGUGGGCUCCUUGAUAUGCUUGAUCCUCUUCUUCGUGCUGAUACAUCAUCCGGAGCUCGGGCUGCUCGCAAUUUAUCUCGCCGACGUGUCUCACUGUGUUCUGAUGACGCUCUCCAUCGUAGCCAUCAUUGUCGGCUUCAUCCGCGUGCAGAGCCUGAAGUUCAAAGCUGAAGAACAGAGCGACCUCAACGACAUCCUUCUGCGCGUCUCCGCCUUCGGCCUCUUCGUUUAUGCCGUUUUCAGCGUGAUUGCCGGUUCCUUGGCGGCGUUCACACACGAGCCGAAUUUGCUCGUGAUGGUCACGGGACUGCUGUCGGUCGCUCAAGUGGUCCUCCAGAUGCUCUUCAUCGCCGACGUGUCGCGCAGGAGAGUCCACCUGCCAGAGCACGAUCGCAGCAAGCCCGGCAGGCAGGUAGUCACGUUCCUGCUGAUCUGCAACGUGACCAUGUGGGUGAUUUACACGUUCGAGACUCAGAAGGUCAUCGCCAAUCCGGUGCAACUGGAUUUCUACGGGUUUCUCGCUUGGGCGAUCGUCCAGAGGGUCACCUUGCCGCUGUGCAUCUUCCACAGGUUCCACAGUGCCGUGACGUUCGCCGAGAUCUGGAAGACCAGCUACAAGGCGCGCCUGGAGUAGACGAGCACGGAGAACCGUCUCGUUAUGGUCAAUCGUCCGGAGUGGUCGUCGAUUUGAGCGAGAGGGAAGAGUGAGCGGCAUGAGCGGGUCACUAGGUGCUCGACGAUCUCGAUCACGUACAUCGAUUUCAGGUCUUGGUAAGGAGGCGGAUGUCGAAGAGUGAUGGGAAGUUAGCUCGUUAGAUGGGAGGAUAACUGGCGAGGGACGGGUCAAAGCCGGAAUAAUCAAACGUAUAUAAUUAGCGUGUUCGAUACGCCCGUUGCGCACGAAUGGAAGAUCCAGAGAUGGAUAUCCAAGUCGUUGAUAAUUGUUAAGAAUUGGAAUUCCCAUGAAUCCAAGUUGGAAGUCGGAGAUUUAUCUAGUUGAAGCACCCUCUAUCCGAAAAGAGACACUUGAGUGAUCAAGUUCAAGGUGUCGUUCUUGCAUCCUCGAAAAGGAAUUUUAAGCAGUUAAGUGGAACCAGACACCACGUCGUGUCGAGUCACAGACUGUUCCUUUUCAUUUUAUCUUCGUUCUUCUUUUUCACUUCGUUUUGCGUACAGUACACUACAUUUCCUUUUUUCUCCUUCUUCUCCCUCCCCUCUUGUUCUUUUCUUUUCCAUUGCGUUGUCUUAGCAUCGGUCGGUAAGGUCGGCGCGGAGCAAUUGACGGACCAAUGACGUCUGAACGAUCGACGAUCCCCGUGAUAAAUAAUCUGAUCGAUCGGGGAGGCUUUCGCCGAUUUCGGCGCAAACGAAGCACAAAAACGACAGAGUUAUUAGCGUUUCACGAAAAUCGCAUUUCCUUUCACACCGUGCGUUUCUCACAUUUCAACACACACGAUCUCUAUAUACCGCCGCCAAAUUUUCUACUUUUAUAUGUAUACAUUAUAUAAUAUAUAUAUGUACCUUCGCCCUUCCCCCCCUCCCCGCCCCUCCCAAUCGUGCAUCACGAGCAUCGCAAGCAAUUCGGUUCACUCACGGCAAUAUUCGCAUUGUCCAAGGGGAAAAUUAUUCGGCGUUUUCUUGCAUUUCGCUCAUUACGGAUAUAUCGGAUCGCUGUGAUAUGCUUUUUGCGGAGAGCUCGGUCGGCAUCGGCGACGAAUCUUCUUUCUUACAUUCGUACGUUCGCGAUGUUUGACUGGAUAUUUCGUAUUUUUAUAAGUCGUCGACAUUGUGUCGAUGGUAGAGACGCAAGAUUAGCUUCUAAGUUCUCUUUUCUUUUUUUUUUUUUUU